AUGUAUAGUAUUAGUCGUAUAAUUGAAACUGGCAGUCCAUUAGUUAAUCAUUCGACCUAGUGUGUGUUCGUAAAUUGUUCGCAUUUUUAAGUCGUGUGUUAAAAUUUUAACAUUAAAUAAUAUAAAAGUGAUUUAUACUAAUAGUUUUAUUUUAACUUUCUUUGUUUAAUUGUGGUCUGUGCGUGUUUAUUUGUUUAUUAUCAACAUCUAAUAGAAAAUUAUAAAUGAAAAAUAUAUUUUUCAACAUUGUGAAUAAUAAUAAUAACAGGGUCGAAAAGUUUUUUUAUGCUUCAAUUCUUCACUAAAAAUAAAUUUAAAUCGAUAUUAUGUUCUGUGGGGCAAUAUGAAUAAUUAAACAAAUGUCUAACGUUUAUCAGAAUUUUUUAAGUCAGUAUGAUUAAUCAACGAUGGGUGGUGUACGUCUUGAACGAUAUAAUGCCCCGCUGAGUCACCGUUUACUCAACGACGAAGGACUCGUUAUAUGUCAAAUAAAUUUCAAAACGAACACCGGCGUAUCAUAAAUAUACUUUUGAAUAAUUGGUUCACUUCAUGGUUGUUAUUGCGAUCUUCCGGUUUAAAUUACGAUUAGACUCAUUUGAAAUUUCUAUAAAGAACAAUUGAGAACUAUGUUAAAAGACGUAAAAAACACGAGGUGGGAGUCGUUAUCGAAGAAUGACGUAUGUGGGUCGUUUGUCACCAGUGACAUGCCCGCUUUCCAAGUUGGGGCGUUCGUCUCCUGGGUCGUUAGAAUUUACGCCGUCUGUUCGGAGCGGUUCAUAUCGUCCUUACACCGUAUUAGAGGCUGAGACUAGUUUCACUUAUAGUCCAACGACUUUGCGUUGUAGUUCGCCGUGCCUGGACCAAGGAUAUCAUACGCUAGUAACAAGUGGUAAUGACAAUUGUGGAAUAGUCGUCAGUACUGCCAGUUCGCUUUCGUUGCAACCAACAACAAAGCACAGACGGUCCCAAAUUCGGACUACGAGUAGUUGUCACUUUGAUAGACUUCGCGAUGAGCUGGUUCUUAAAAUCUUCUCAUAUCUUGGAAGUGCGGAUCUCUGUUCAUGCGCCGCUGUUUGUCAUAGAUGGGAAAAUCUAGCGUGGGAGCCAGUCUUAUGGAGAACGAUAACGCUGACCGGCGAAAGCACCUGCGGUGAUAAAGCAAUCAGAUGCGUGUUGCGCCGACUUUGUGGUCAGACUAGGACAGGCGCGUGCCCGCAAGUACAACGAUUGUUCCUCAGCGAUGGCACGAAAAUUUCUGAUAAAAGCUUAAUUGCUUUAGCCCGAAGGUGUCCCGAACUCACGCAUGUUCAAUUGCAUGCCAGUCCCAACAUCACCAAUGCUGCCAUUUCUGAACUAGUCGCCCGCUGUCCCAACCUGCAACACUUAGAUGUUACCGGCUGUGUCAAAGUAUAUACUAUUGGAAUACACAGUCGGCCUGAACCCUCUCUAAGACUGAGUCUGCAAUACUUGGACCUAACCGAUUGCCAUCUCGUGGACGAUGACAAUUUAUCUGUGAUCGUCAGCAAUUGUUCACAACUGGCCUAUUUGUACCUAAGGAGGUGUACAAAAGUUACAGAUGCGGGUAUUAAAUUUGUUCCAAGUUUCUGUUCGGCUCUCAAGGAGUUAAGUGUAUCGGAUUGUCAUCAAGUCACUGAUUUCGGCUUAUACGAAUUAGCCAAGUUGGGAGCUUUACUCCGCUACCUUUCAGUGGCCAAGUGUGAUCAAGUGAGCGACGCUGGAUUGAAGGUGAUAGCACGUCGAUGUUACAAGCUGAGGUAUCUCAAUGUUAGAGGUUGUGAAGCAGUUAGCGACGACGCCAUCACAGUACUCGCUCGAUCCUGUGCCCGACUUCGAGCUCUAGACAUUGGCAAAUGCGAUGUUAGUGAUGCUGGUCUCAGGGCGCUUGCUGAGAGUUGUCCUAACCUCAAGAAACUCAGUCUACGAAACUGUGAUCUAGUAACAGACCGUGGAAUUCAACUGAUAGCGUAUUACUGUCGUGGUUUACAGCAGCUUAAUAUUCAAGACUGUCAGAUAUCUUUGGAUGGGUACAAGGCUGUUAAGAAAUUCUGCAAACGUUGUAUUAUUGAACACACAAAUCCAGGAUUUUUUUAAACUGGUUGAAUGUUGUGCCAUCUUGAGUUUCAUUUUUGCCAUAUGACAUUCCUACCAGUGGCGAUAAAAAUUUUUUCUAUAACACCACUUACAGAUGCUGUUAUAAUAAGUCUAUAUUAAUUAUGUACAACAUAAAAGACUGUCAAUGUAUAUAUCUUUAUGCAUAUUUUCUUACAAUAAACUAAUCGUGACCCUAUGUAUUAAUAUAAAAAGAUAAUGUUACUAAUUAUUUAAAAAUAAAUAAAUCGAUAAUUAUCUUGUAAUGAGUAUAAAUGUUGUAAAUACUACGAUAUUUUGAAUUGUCUAUUAACACCGUUGUUUCAAGUUUGUUAAACUUAAUUUUUAUUUUAAAAAUAAAUUUUAUGAAUCCUAUUGAUUAUUUUAGGUCAAUUUUAAUUGUUCUUUUUUUUAAAUUAUAUAGUAAUCUGUUAUACAACUGAAAUCAUUCUAAGUCCAAUUUAUAGAUAAUAAUAAUUUUUUUUUUUUUUUUUGAGCCCCAUUUUAAGUAUAAUAGGUUUUGAGUAUUUUAAAUUAAUUUAACACUUAAAUUAAGUACAGUUUUCAUUUAUAAAUAAUGUAGUUAUUUAAUUUUCAAAAUUGUCAUUAUAAAUAUUAAAUAUGUACUCAAACAUUUUGAAUUACAUUGUUAAAGCUGU